UGCAGUGUAUGAGAGCCAAAGCCUCCGCUCUUCUUCUUCUUCUUCUUCUUGAAUGAAACGAAAGCAUGUGUGGUUGCUGACACUGGCGCGAGCUCUGCAUCUUUAAAACAGGAAGGGGGGAAAAAAAAGCGGAGGGAAAACACACAAGCAGCUCAGUCAUAACUGUGGGAUGAGAAGGACUACCUCUUUUUACUUUUGGAGAGAGCCAAGCCGUUAGGAGAGCAUUCAGCAUCAGCUGUUCGACACUGGUCUCUCAUUGCUGGAAGUCGGGGCUGAAUGAGUCACAUGACAGAACUGGAGGCUGAGAUCUAGAGAAAAGGCACAGCAUUUCGGCUCGCACCGCCAUACUGUAUUUUGAGCCAUAUCACAUUUUUAUUGCAACAUUUUACUCCCGCUCGGUGAGUACAUUUCCAAUGGCUUUUUUGUAAGCAUUUUUUGUCUUUUUAAUUGCCCCCCUUUUUUUAUUUUUCCUCCUUUUGCUGGUGUUUGAAUUGAGCAUUGACAUGGUGGUUUUGAGCGUUUUUCACAUCCAGGCUUCAAGUUUUUAGCAUGCAGUUAUUCUGAUCCAGAGUGCCAAGAGGGUAAAAAAAAAAAAAAAAAAAGCCAGAUCGGUCUUGAGCAAAGCCUUGACUUGGUUGCAGUUUUGUUUCGAGGGUCGAAACCAAGCAGCUUUUGUCAGUAUUGAGAUUUUUCACACAUUUAUUGGUGGUUUUGAAACAUUUUUGUUUUUUUUGUUUUCUGUCGACUUUUGCUGUUGCUAUGCUUUGGUUUGCAUUUUGCAGUGUUGUUUGUUGCCUUCGAGUUUUGUGAUUUUGGUGUCUCGGUGGAAUCUCACCGAUCCAACCCUUGCUUUUACUUUGGUCCUCUUUUCUCCUUUUUAAAGACGUUUUAACGUGAUACUUUUCUUGCAGCUGAGCUCACAGGUUUGUUGUUUUUGUGUUUCUCUCUUUUUUCGAUUUCGUUAUACUUUUGCUGGUGGCAGUGUCAAGUAUUUUUGGAUGUUAUCGUUUUUGUUUUUUUUGACUAGAUGAUGCUGGGUGGACGAGGGGAGUUUUGAUUCUUGGUGGAGUUCAAUGCGUUUUUGUUUUCUGUUUCAACGAGGAUGAACAGACAUUUUCCCUUCUGCAGGAGGGCAACUGGAGGAGAAUGACUGGUAAAACCCAGACCAGCAACGUGACCAACAAGAAUGAUCCUCGCUCCCUCAACUCAAGAGUCUUUAUCGGCAACCUCAACACAGCCAUCGUCAAGAAGACCGACAUAGAGGUCAUCUUCGCCAAGUACGGAAAGAUAGUGGGUUGCUCUGUGCACAAGGGAUACGCCUUCGUACAGUAUUUGAACGAGAGGAACGCCCGAGCUGCUGUGUCGGGAGAAAAUACACGCAUCAUCGCCGGACAGCCUCUUGACAUAAACAUGGCGGGUGAGCCGAAGCCAUACAGGCCUAAAGCGGGCUCCAAGCGGCCGCUGUCAGCUGUUUACAGUGGUUAUGAAUUUGAUUACGAGUACUACAGGGAUGAUUUUUACAGCAGGCUUUUUGACUACCACGGCAGAGUGGCCCCCCCUCCCAGAGCCGUGAUCCCCCUCAAACGUUCCAGGGUGCUCGCUCCCUCCACCCGCCGUGGGAAGACCUCCUUCCCCAUCAAAUCCUCCUCUUCCUCCUCUUCGUCCUCCAGACCUCCCACAUCAUCCUCCUCUGGACUAAAACCGGUGAAGACGGACCAGCUCCAGACGAUCAAACGGGAGCUGACUCAGAUCAAGAUGAAGAUCGACUCUUUGCUGGGACGCCUGGAGAAGAUUGAGAAGCAGCAGAGAGCCGAUUGUGAGGCUCAGAGAAAGUACGAGGACAACUGCGACUCGCUGCAUGAGGAGUCUGUGUCAGAGACGGCAGAAAACUCUGGGGAGGAGGCCGGCGACGGGGCGCUGGACGUGGAGGCCGGAGAGAUGACCGAUGGAGGCGAGGACGACUACGACGAAGAGGGCAGCCACCAUCUGAUAGAGAACCACGUAUCAGAUAUUGACAACUGAGAAAAGGACGAGGCGGCAGACUCCCACGGUCGGUGGUAUUAGAAUUCAUCUACACCUUCAAGAGGCAGAAAAAAAAAGCAUCUCUGAGGGAAAUCGAGACAUCCAUUUUGGACUGUAAGUUGUGUUCAAGAGACGCUCAAUCACAUUUAGACGCCCAAGUGUGAUGUGCUUUCUAAAGAAAAUGUAUUCGAGACCCAUUUUAAUGCAGUUUUGCCUCAUGGAUAUUUUGUGCGAUCUUUAUUUCAUUUCAAGAGACUGACGGAAUCAUUCACUAAUCCUGUUCCUGAAAAUAAAACCGAUUGGAAGAAAAUAGAGCCUUUUUAUUCUGAUUUAUGAGUUGAAUUCAGAGGGGAAAGGAAUAUGACGUUGAUCAAUCGUUGCUGCUUUUAUGAAAUGUGUUUAGCGCUGUAAUUUCACAAACCGUGAUUUUAAAACCUUUUUCUUUUUUGCUAAAAAAAAAAAGAAUAACUGACAGAACAAUCUGUGCCCGCUGUGUGAUAUUCAGAAAAAUGAAUGAAACAUAGGUGCCGUCUACUUUGGAUUUGACUCGUACAUAAGCCCAAUAGCUGUGAGCAUAACUUUAUCCAGCUUUAUCCAUUUAUCACACGAGUACCCUGAGGGGCUGUUCCAUCAUGUAAUCCUCCUCCUGCCAAGUUUGAGAAGCAGAAAAGGGCUCCCCGUAGUAAGAGAGCCAAAACCAGCAAAGGCCUCCUGCCAGGGAGCAGCGCCCUAAUGUCUCGAUGCACCGCUCCCCCGCUCAGCCUGCGCAUCCCAACAUGCGCUGCUGCUGUUCAGGAGCCAACGCCCUUUCUCCUCCUUGACUCCUUGAUCUCCUUCGGCGUCCGGAAUUGAAUCUGCCUUAUGUAGCCGAGGGCGCCAGGCAACAUUAAGGAAACUGUUGAAAAUGUAUUUCAUUUUAUAGUUUUUUGAAAAACGGUAUUUGAUUCCAUUUUUUAUUAUUUUUGAGAUUAUCUAGUACGGCACUUUGGAUCUUGCUGCCUUAGAAUAACAAAUAAUAUGCGAUAGAAAAUUAUCCCUAUCCUAUAAAUAAAAGUGGAAAUGGAAAGAAAACUCUUGUCACACAAAGCCAAACUGGCUGUCAAUGGUGUUUUUGUUUUUUUUCACUCGUCUAGUUUCCCAUUUGUCGCUCAUAUUGCUUCCAUGUAGAGCUGCCAACACACCAACAUUUCAGAUGCAGCCUGAGCUUCGGCUGAACAAUUAUAAUUAACCUCAUUAUAAAUACAUUGACUCACAGUGAAUUAUGUUACAAGUGACUGGAUGUCAGUGCGUUCUGCUGUACAUUACUCACAUCACAUUUGCCCUUUUUUCUAUUAUAUAACAGACUCAAGCAGUUAAAACCGGCAUGUUUGCCAUUUUCAACCACUCAGUUUCUAAUUUAAAGCCGUACUCGGAAGGAUAUUUUCAGCUUCAGCUAAUGAUCCAGGUGUUGGUAAAAUGAAUUAGGCUGAUGAUAUCAAUAAUGAGUCUGAGCUAGCUGGGACCAGGCGUCUUCAUAGAUUUUGGGCCCCAUGAAAAAUAAAAAAUAAUAUUUGGAAGAAAAAUGGCGAAUGUCCUGAUAGUUUUUGGGCCCCUUUCAGUCAUCAUGGGACGUUAGAACUGUCCCAAUUUUUCUCAUCUGUUUCUCAUUCCUGGCUGGGACCUCUGGUACAUCAGAGCUGCAGUUCCUAACACCUUAAAAAGGUGCAGUCUGACUUGAUUCAAUCUCUCAAAAUUCACUCAACUUGUGGUUGAAAGCACACAAGACAGACAGAAAAUAGCACUAAUGAGGUUAAGAACCUAGGAAAGCUAGUUAGCUCGCGUCCCUAUCACCCAUAUUUUUGGCAACGGAAUUUGUCUGGAACCUCUCGGUUAAUUUUCUAUUCCAAGGGGACGCCAUCAGUUGGCGUAGACUUAAGUACUUCUGGAUACAGCAGCCAAUCAAAGCAAAGGUAGCUAGUUCCAACAGCCGACUCAUUUAGAUGUUCAACACAAUACAUCAUUGUUUAGUACUUAGUAAUCAAGACUUCCCCUUUAUACAAAAACUUCUGAGCGUCCUGUUUUAUUAUGAAUCGAGAGAUACAUCAGAACCUUCCAAAUCAGCGGCAGCUAUCUUCCUUUUUUUUUUUGCUUUUAAGGCUACAUAGGUUUUGUUUAGAACCGCCCACAGACCUGAUUUAGGUUGGAUGGAAUUGAAUUCGAACAAACCAGAUGCAUCAGCCAAAGCAAAUAAAACAGUCUGCUGAUCCAUGUGUUCCCAAGGCUGAGAAGCUCGUGGAUAUGCUAAACCUUUCUUUUAACAUCUUAUCAAACACUCACUGAUGUUAUCAUUGCCCAUUCAGUGACUGCAGGCAAGUUAAUUCUCUUGUAUAACUCCACUGUGCUGUAAUGUAAACAGUCAACACAGUCAGUGUAACUGUCUUUCUUUAACGAGCUUAAGAUUGGAGAGACUCCCAGUUUGAAGUUUGAACUCUUCUUCCUUUGCUCGACUUCACCCUUUGAAGGAUUCCGUUCACUUUGACCGCUCACUUACUCGUCCUGUGGAUGUUUUUUGACAGCACACGGGCGUCUUUACAUCGGACUUCCUUAAUUCUUACGCUAAGCAAACAUCGGUAGAAACUCAAAAUGUACGGAACUUGACUCAUUGGAUUCAGUAUUUUUGGUAGUUUAACAAGUUAUUUGGUUUGUUUUGAUGCAGAUAGUUGGGGAUUCAUUUCCACUGGUUUUUUUUUAAUCAUUCCAGCCCCAGAGAACAGAAGCCAAUCAGGUGCAAACGUGGUAGAAUACAUUUCAUUUGUGGCACUUGAAGUGUUAAAUUGUGUUUUGAAAAUCCAACAGCAGCGUCUCUUGUCAGAAGCAACACCUUCAUUACUCUGGGGGAUCGUGUGUUACCAUUUCAUUUAUCCUAAAUGAGGUUUUUUUUUAACCUUAUUUAAAGUGUUUGGGUUUUAUUGAUUUGUUUUGGAACUCAAUAGACAUAAUUGUAUUCAUCCCUAUUACUUCUUAUUCUCACUUUCCCCUCAGUGAAUAAGUCAAAACCACCGGGGAGAAAAAAUUAAAUGUUUUUGUCGUUGAUUUGAUGAAACUGACCUUUUUCAACAGAAUUUAUUAUUUUGCACAAAUUCAUGAACACAAAAGUCAACAGUGGCGGUGCUCCUGGGAAGCAAAACAUAAAAGCAAAUGUCCUGCAGCUCUUUGAAAAUAAAUGUCUGCUGUAUGAUGAUAAUGUGUAAUAUUUAGCACUAUUUUUGUACCCAAAAGUACCGCUAAGAGAAAUGGCUCUGCUACAUGUCUCUGUUUUUCGUUUUUGUUGCUGGUGGCCGGUUUAUUAAUGAGCAGUAUGGUGGUGAUGUGUCAAACAUUUUGCAAGAAAAUAACUCAUUGCUUUUAACUGUUGUUAUCUGGGUCACCUUAAAACACUCGCUUUGACUUUGCCGUGUAAAUAGUCCUUAUCCUGUUUUAUUUUAAAUAUCAAAAGACUUUUAAAAUAAAAGGGUUUUAUUGAGUUAAAUAAAUCUGAAACAAUAUACUGACAGUUUGUUGGGCGUGUUGCAGGUUUUAACAAGAGUCUUGGAGCUUGUAGAGAUGUGUAACUGACAACUGUUGUAUAGAAAUGUACAUUUUUUUGUAAAGAUAUUUUUAUCAAAAGGCAUGUUUACUGUAACUUUGUAUUUUCAGUUCAUGAAAAAAAAAACUGUUGUAAGGCUAAAAAAAGUCCUCGUCAUUGUCGAUAAGUUUGUGUCCUUAUCAGUCAAUAAAAUGUUUGUGUCUGAUUCGAAA